UGCUCUAGCAGUUGUCACUUGAUCAACCAUCUGUUGGGGAAACAGGAAUCAAUACUAGUGAAUUCCUGGGGCGUGCCAUUGGCACAGCAGGUACGCCUUCUCUUGGGACACGCGCAUCCCAUGUUGGAGGACCUGGGUUCCACUCCUGGCAGUGCCCCUUGCUCCAGCUUCCUGCUGAUGCAGACUGGGAAGUGGCAGUGAUGGCCCCAGGGAUCGGCUCCUGUCAUCCGUGUGGGAAGCUUGAAUUGGACUCCAGUGGAUGGAAGCCCUUUCUGCCUCUCAGUGGGUGAACAUGUUAGAACACAGUAACAGAAGCUUCCAGAUUUCCAUGGAGAGGAGGUUAAUUUUUUUUGCUGGAUCCGGAGGCAUGGCUAGUAAGAAACUAAGAAGAGUGGGUUUAUCCCCAGAACUGUGUGACCGUCUCAGCCGGCAUCGCAUUGUCACCUGUCAGGACUUUUUAUGUCUUUCUCCACUGGAGCUCAUGAAAGUGACUGGCCUGAGUUACCGAGGUGUCCAUGAACUUCUGUGCAUGGUCAGCAAGGCCUGUGCGCCACAGAUGAAAACGGCGUACGCGAUGAAGACACAGAGGUGUGCCGCUCUCUCGCCGGCUUUCCUACCUACGAGCCUUCCUGCCCUGGACGAAGCCCUGCGUGGUGGUGUGGCUUGUGGAUCCCUCACGGAGAUUACAGGCCCACCAGGUUGUGGAAAAACUCAGUUUUGUAUAAUGAUGAGCAUUUUGGCUACUUUACCUACUGACAUGGGAGGAUUAGAAGGAGCAGUUGUCUACAUUGACACAGAGUCAGCCUUUAGUGCUGAAAGACUGAUUGAGAUAGCAGAAUCCCGUUUUCCCAGAUAUUUUAACACCGAAGAAAAAUUACUUUUGACAAGCAGUAAAGUUCAUCUUUAUCGGGAACUCAGCUGUGAUGAAGUUAUGCAAAGGAUCGAAUCUCUGGAGGAAGACAUUAUUUCGAAAGGAGUUAAGCUUGUGAUUAUUGACUCUGUUGCUUCUGUGGUCAGAAAGGAGUUUGAUACACAACUGCAGGGCAAUAUGAAAGAAAGGAACAAGUUCCUGGCCAGAGAAGCUUCCUUACUGAAGUAUGUGGCUGAGGAGUUUUCCAUCCCCGCAGAGUGGACAGUGAGAGAGAGAGACGGAGAGAAAGGUCUUCCUUUGCUGUUGGUUCAUCUUCCAAUGGCCGCCGCGGCCGGCACACCGCACUAAUCCAAAGCCAGGAGCCAGGUGCUUCUCCUGGUCUCCCAUGGGGUGCAGGGCCCAAGCACUUGGGCCAUCCUCCACUGCACUCCCGGGCCACAGCAGAGGCUGGACAAGAAGAGGAGCAACUGGGACAGAAUCCGGCGUCCCGCCCAGGACUAGAACCCAGUGUGCCAGUGCAGCAGGUGGAGGAUUAGCCCAUUGAGCCUCGGUGCCGGCUAAUCCAUUAACUUUUACUAUAGAAAGUGGAAUACAUCAUGUCUCAUUUUAUGGAAGAAAUAGAUAGGUUUAUCAUCUUGUUGUGACAUCUAGUCAUGUGACAUCUUGAAAUAGUGCCACUGGGUAUUGCCUUGUUUUUGUAGCUGUAGGCUUGGAUUUUACUGACAUUUUGGACUAGCUAAUUCAUAGUUGUAGAGGGAUGUCCUGUACGUGGUAGGAUAUUUAGCAGCAUCCCUGGCUUCUGCACACACACCAGAUGCCAGUAGCAAUACCUUCCCCGGGGACAAAGUUAUCUCCAGUUGAGAACAACUGUUGUGGAUAUGUGGUGUUCCUAAGCGGCUGGGGCUUCAGUGCGGAUCUGUACAACAUUCAGCAGUCUGUGUGCUGCCCAGGAUUUGUGACUUAGAGCAACAGAGCAACAAGAGGCAUCAAUUUAUUUGAAAGGCACAGUGACAGAGAAGCAGAGACAGAGAAAGAACAAAAUCUUCUAUCCACUGGUUCACUCUCCCAGAUGGCUGCAACAUCUGGGUCUGGGCCAGGCCAAAGCCAGGAACCUGAAACUCCAUCUGGGUCUCCCAUGUGGCUGGAAAGGGCCCAAGUAUGUGAGCCAUCCUCCACUGCUUUCCCAAGGGGAUUAGCAGAGAGCUGGAUAGAAAGUGGAGCAGCUAGGACUGUAAUGAGCAUUCUGGCAUAGGAUACUGGCAUUGGAAGUUGUGGCUUAACCUGCUGUACCAGGACACUGGCCCAGGAGCUAAAUUUUUUCUCCCAAGACCACCAUUCAAUUUUGGGAAGAUUUUUCAAGAACUGUCAAAGCCAGUUCAUGUGCUCUGGAUUGAUUGGUUGGUUGGUUGAUUAGCCGCUUGAUCAGUUGAUUAAUUGCUUCAAUCAUUUGGGAAAAAAAAUUAAGAACUGCCAUGUGCUGGUCACAGUGGUGAUGACAUGUUUGUUAGUAUGUGGUUCUGACGGGAAAUAAGCCUGCAGGUAGACCAGUUGCUAAGAUGUUGCCUUCAAUACUGGUGAGAAAUUAUGGUUGCUUGGUUUUGGGUAGUGAUGGUGAGAUGCUGAGGAAAAAAUUGUUUUUAGGGGUGGAAAGAGGUUAAUUUGGAUGUGUAGACGUGAUAUUCUUCAGGGUAUAGCUGGUUUGAUUGAAAUCAAGGAAGCAGAUGGACUUGUCUAAGGAUAGUACAGAGAGAGAAGAGGCUCUAGGAUAACAACAUCAUGACAAAUCUAUUCAAAGAACUUUGGAGGAGGACUCCAGAAGUGUGAGGAAAUCAGGGGUCCAGAGAGAGAGAGUUUCAAGAAGAGGGGGUUUUGGAUUAAGCUAAGAAUUCCUUCCUGGUGAUCCUUGCUAAUGUCUAGCUUGCACCAUGGUUAGAAUCACAGGUCAUGCAUAUAUAUAGUGUACUGUUGUUACUAAACAAUAGGAGCUGAUAGCAUUUUAAUAAUUUAAAACACAUUAAACAAUUAUUUAAAAAUUACAUGGCCCUUGUUGAGUGCACUCUGAAUUAAUUGUUAGAAUUGCAAAUGAAAAUUAAGGCUCUGGGGCUGGCAUUUUGGCAUAGCGUGUUAAGCACUGCCAGCAUCCCAUAUAGGUGUCAGUUCGAGUCCAGCUGCUCCGCUUCUGACAGAGAUCCCUGCUAAUACACCUGAGAAAGCAGGGGAAGAUGACCCAAGUACUUGGGCCCCUACCAUCCACAUAGGAGACCAGGAUGAAGCUCCUAGCUCAUGGCUUCACCCUGGCCCAGUCCUGGCCCACGUAGCCAUUUGGGGAAUGAAUGAGCAAAUGAAAGAUCUCUUUCUCACCUCUCUGUAACUCUACCUUUUAAAUUAAGACAAAAAAAGAAGAAACUUUAAAAAAAAUUAAAAAUCAAAAAUCUCAUUUCUCCAUGGGUCUAAGGAGGUUAAUGGUGAUGUAGGAACAGAGGUUUUGUAGUAAUCCUGGACCAAUUAAAAAUACUGUUUAUUGGGGCCCGCGCUGUGGCACAGCGGGUUAACGCCCUGGCCUGAGGUGCCGGCAUUCCAUAUGGGCCCCAGUUUGAGACCCGGCUGAUCCACUUCCCAUCCAGCUCUCUGCCAUGGCCUGGGAAAGCAGUAGAAGAUGACUCAAGUCCUUGGGUCCCUUCACCCACGUGGGAGUCCUGGAGGAAGCUCCUGGCUCCUGGCUUCAAUCGGCAUAGCUCUGGCCGUUGCAGCCAAUUGGGGAGUGAACCAUCGGAUGGAAGAACCCCCCCCCCCCCGCCUCUCCUCUCUCUGUGUUACUCUUUCAAAUAAAUAAAUAAAUCUUUAAAAAAUAUUGUUUAUUAACCUACUUAUGAUCAUAGUAAAUAAAGAGGAAGAUAAAAUUCUAGAUUUAAAUAAAAUUUUAUCACUGGCAUGUGUAUAUCUUAUUUAGAAGGUUUGUUUUUUCUUUGUACAGAAUUAGCUUCUUCCAUUUGUCCUUCCUUUGCCUACUGACUCUCUUUCUUUUUCUUCUUCUUUGUCCUUAGAUUAUUGGCAAUUUUCUCAUAUUAAAGCAUUUGCCACUAUCACGUACAUCUGAUAAACUUCUUGUGUCUGUCCCAGCAGUGCUGUGCGGUGGAGGGAGACAAGAUAGAGAUGGAGAUGAGAGAGAGGGGGAGAGGGACGGGCAGAGUGGGGAGGGAGAGAAAUAGUGUGCUGGGGUUCCUUCCUGCUUGAGAAGAUCAGCUUCUCACGUCAGGUUGGCUGGCUCCGUGGCACUCUGGGCAUAACUGAAGAAUGAGGUUGCAGAGGGGCGAAGACAAUUAAAACCUGAGCACUGUCCACGGAAUGUUCCUUCUUAGUAAGCUUUACUUCUCUUCUCCCUUUCUAAGUCUGCCCAGGGCCUGGAGUGCAUGUGUUUUAGAAAGGACAGAACUUAAAAAACCACGACUGUAGAAAACAAAUUUUAAAAAAUGUUCUUAGCUCUUUCUGCCUUUUGUGCUUUGAUCUCCCCCUCACUUCCAGCCCGCCCCCCCCCGCCCUGCCUCUCACUCGGGCUUUGAAACCCCAAGUUGUCUGGGGUGCUCCUGGAGGCAAUUCAAGUACCUGACUGCUGGGUUUCCUUUGUUCAGCUGCUCUUGGUCCUUGCUGGGAAUGGCUCUGAAAGCUGAGCCGGUGUUGGGCACAAAGUCCAGGGUGUGGGCCCUCCCCCGGAACGCUGUGUGGUUUGUCCCCGCCUCCUGUUCACGACUCAUUAGUCCCUAAGUACUGAAAAGGUUGCUCCUUUGGAAUAAAAGGAAUGGACCGGCUCGGAGCCCUCUUUCGCCUUUUCCUGUGUUUUAUUUGGGUGCACUCACAGUUCUCCGUCUUCAUUAGUGACCCUGCAGGAGGCUGGCACAGCGCUGAGCGAGCCGUGCUGGUUCCCUGGGGUGUAUCAGAGACCUCAGAACUCAAUACCCUACUAUAAAAAUAACAGUGCAAUACCGCGCUUCAGCAGACCUUCGCAGGGAGCAAAGCCGUGGGGCCCAGGCCUCUCAAGUUGCAUUUUGCUCAGGCCCUCCCAGCCCCUGCUUCUUCUUCGCCAUCCUAGUAGUGUGGUUCUUUGGGUAGACGCUGUGGCUGUGUCGGGUAAAUGGCUUCGGCAAGGACUUUUUGUAUUUCCAGCAGCCUCCAGGACAGCAGUUUCCUGUGGGAGAUGCAGCAGAAGACACGUGUAGGCUGUAUUCCCCAAGUGAUAUCAUUUCAGAUUAGAGAUGCUAUAAAAAAACCAGGCUACCUAUUUAGAACCCAAGUUGUUUUUCCUGAUUUCCCAGAAUGGCCAACUUACUGUCUUAAUUAAAACCCAGGCACCUGGAGGCCUUUCCUUGCCCCCAGAGCCACUCGUGUGGGCGCACACUGCCGUGAACGUGGUGCCCAUCAAGCCUUUCUGUGAGAACUUGAGCUCCGCAGACCGUUGUGUCUUGUUAAACUGCCAGCCUGUAAGUGCUCUCCGUCUUGGGCAGUGGUUGCUAUGCUUAUUUUAUUUUUAUUUUUUUUAACAGGCAGAGUGGACAGUGAGAGAGAGAGAGAGAGAGAAAGGUCUUCCUUUGCUGUUGGUUCACCCUCCAAUGGCCGCUGCGGCCGGUGCACCGCGCUGAUCCGAAGCCAGGAGCCAGGUACUUAUCCUGGUCUCCCAGGGGGUGCAGGGCCCAAGCACUUGGGCCAUCCUCCACUGCACUCCCGGGCCACAGCAGAGAGCUGGCCUGGAAGAGGGGCAACCGGGACAGAAUCCAGCGCCCCAACCGGGACUCGAACCCGGUGUGCCGGCGCCGCAAGGCGGAGGAUUAGCCUAGUGAGCCGCGGCGCCGGCCGCUAUGCUUAUUUUAAAGCAGCAUGAGAAAAUAGAAACAGGGACCUCUGGUUGCUGAAUGGCUAGCAUACCUUUGAAAACCCAACUGUUUCACCCUCUGACUGUUAACACAUCCUAAUAGGGGAAGUUCACAAAAAUAGAGUAGGAUUAGCAGCUUUAAUAAAUUAUUCUGAAUACACAUUGCUAUUACAUUUAAAUAAUACUUUUAUUACUGUACGUGAUAUAUACACAGCCUUACUGUGCAGGGAGUAUUCAGUAAUUUAAGAGAAAUUCCUUUUGAUUACAUAGGAAAAUAAUACAUGUGCCAGUGUGUGAUGAUGCUUUCGAUUUAUUCUUCAGAUUUGCCAGCAGGCCCCCUUUUCCCCGGAAUACGUGUGGUAGACUUUUUUUUUUUUGAAAGUUUAUAGAUAAGAAAUACAUGUUUUCAUAGCUUGGGUCUACAUGAGUUUAUAUAUUGCUUAAAAAGUCAGAUCAUCUCUUCCAUCCCACUCCCCCACACUGGUGCCAAGAACAUCCUGGUACUCUGUGGGGUGUGUUCUGGGGAGUAGGGUUAUGAGGUCAUUAAGAACACACACAUUCUGAAGGUCAGUAAGUGCUGCCAGAUCGCUUCCUGGGGUGGCUGCAUCCGUCUGUGUCCCGCCAGUAGUAAGAAACACGCCUGCUCCCCACGUCCUGGCCAGCAUUCUUCAUAGACUUCAUUUUUUUCAAACUGAUGGGUGUAAGGUGGUAUUUAAUGUUUAAAUUAAAAUUCCAAUUUAAAUCAAUCAACAAAUUUAAUAAAAAUUUAAUUAAAUUAGUUUUUUUUUGUUUUUGGUCACAAAGUUGAGAGGCUCUGUAUUUGCUAGUUAGCUAUAUGGCUUUUUACUGUUGUGACUUGAAUUGUAAUUUUGCGGUGAUAUAGACCUUAAUUGUGAGUAAGACAUAGUACUUUUUUUAAUUUUAUAGUUUAUGCUCUUAGGGUACAGGACAACAGGGCUAUUCUCUGGCUUUUUUUUUUUUCCUUUUUAGCCACCUUUACAGGUAGGCUUUAAAUAACUGGAGGUCAUCUUUAGAUAGAGUAGUAUUGUUUAAGGUGGCAGAUUUACACUCUAGACUCUAAGACAACAGUUUAAUGUGAAGUAGAAGGCCAUGUUACCCUCUAGUUAUAUUCUGAAAAGAGCAUUUAGUAAAAAAAAUAAGAAAAAUGGCUGUGCAUAGCACAUUUUAAGAAAUGAUAAUACAUACACAUAUAUAAAACCACGCCUUAGGGCCGGCACUGUGGCACAGCGGGUUGGUGCCCUGGCCUAAAGUGCCGGCAUCCCAUAUGGGCGCUGGUUCGAGACCCAUCUCCUCCAUUUCCGAUCCAGCUCUCUGCCAUGGCCUGGGAAAGCAGUAGAAGAUGGCCCAAGUCCUUGGGUCACUCCACCCAAGCUCCUGGCUCCUGGCUUCGGAUUGGCACAGCUCUGGCUGUUGCAGCCAUUUGGGGAGUAAACCAGUGGCUGGAAGACCUCUCUCUCUCUCUCUGUCUCUCCUCUCUCUGUGUUACUCUGACUUUCAAAUAAAUAAAUAAAUCUUUUAGAAAAAACCACACCUUAUAUCUUUUAAGGAAAUAAUCCCAGUCCAAAGGCAGAUGCCAGAUGAUUGCUUGCUUCUGUAGGAGGAGAGAAUGGGGAGUGGAGAUAAAGAGAGAAAGAAAAUAACUGAAGUGGCCAUCAUCAGAUGAAUGAAUAAAGAAAAUACACACGUAGUGGGAUAUUAUUCAGCUAUGAUAGAGAAUGCAGUUCUGUCUAUCAUCUGCAGCAGAAUGGUUGGAACCAGAGGACAUGAUGUGGAGUGAAAUAAGCCAGAUACAGAAAGACGAACAGUGCAUGUUCUCCCUUAUAUGUAGGAACUAACAUUAAAAGAAAGAAGAAAGAAAAAACUCAUGUGUAUCAGUUUUGUAAAUACAGUGUUUUGACAAACUUCGUUUUAAGUCUUUGUCAAACAAAGUGAUAGGAAUUAUAACUACUGUGGUUCUAAUGAUUUUGUGAAUGUUUUAAAAUUUACUUUAUGUGUGUGAAGUUGAGCACUUUUUCACUUGAUUGCUGCUGUUAGUCCUUGCCUAAUUUCCUGCUGAACGGUCUUUUUACUUUUUUUGUUGUUGCUGAAUUCUUUUCUUUCUUUAGUGAAGCCAUUAUGACUUUGAGUAUAAUGUAAAUUAAACAUAUGUUAUCUCCAAAAAAUUAAGUUUAAAAAAAGAGAGAGAAAAAAAUAAUAAAACAAAUGGAGAGAAGCCUUGCACAGACUGAUAAUAAUAGUCUCCCCUGCUGAGGCCUGUGGUAAACCCAGUGCUCCUGGGGAUGAAGUGAACAUAAUUUAGGAGAGGUAACCAGAAAAUAGGUAGUGAUGAGCCAAAAAAGGCUAAUGGAAGAGAAAUAGAAGUACAGGGUUUUAGCGUUAUGAUUCAUAAGCAAAAUGCCUGUAAGGAAUAAACAUGCUCUUAAAUAACUACAUCUGGCCAUUCUUUUUUGGCUUUUAAAGUGUUUUGUGGGAGAAACAGGAAUUUCUCUUUUUUUCCCCAACGAGAGGUGAAGAUAAGUGUAAGAAGGAAAGCAGACGUUUCUUUUCAAGUACGUGUGUACACCUGCCAUCAGACAAAACGAGUAGUUGCUAUUAAGAGCAGGCUCUGGCUAUUUUUUAUGUUGCUUGUUAAAUUAAAAUUCUUUUCCUGGCAAGUAUAGGUUUAUAAUUAAGUCAUUUAUCGUAAGUGUUCUUUUGGCUACGUCUUAAAUUUGAUGAUAUACAGAAGCAAUAUGUGGGUGGUUACUUAGAAAUUAGAUGAAUGAGUUAUUUUAUUGUCAUUUAUCAUUUGAUGUGCAGGUUAUUCCUAUUUAUAACAAACACUGAACACUAAUUAUAUGCAACUGAAGGAAGGCCAAAAAAGGUCUUGGUUUUGAAAAUAAGCUGAGAACUCUGUUAUUUUCAACCCUCCAACAGUCUUGAGGAGUAAGAGUGUGAUACACUCACAUUUACAGAAGUUGUAGUCAGGAUUGUACUCAAUUCUGUUUCAUUAUAAAGAGAUCUUUCUUUGCCAUAUAUGAUUUCAUGUUACCCUCUUUCAAAUAAAUUUCAAAUAUACUUUUUAUUUUUCUGAAUGAGUUCUGUAGGUACUGGCCCACCCUGUCCCUGUGAUUUCUAUAUCUGUGUACCCGGCACUGUCCUGGCACCUUAUGUUCAUCUGGGUUAUUCUCCAUUACAAACUGCACAUUGCAGAUGAAGGAAACAGACUCAAACAGGUGAAAUGAUUUUUCUAGGUCUGCACAGCAAUAAGUAAUAACCAGGAUUUGAAGCCAAAUCUAACUCUUCAAAGCUCAAAGCCCCCCCCCCCCCCAGCCUUAAAUGACUAUACUAUACUUUUUGUGGGCUGUAUUCUACAGUAUCCAUAUUUGUGCAGAGUAUAAUGUCUUCAUUUGGCAUUUCAUUUUUGAAGGGCACUUUAGCCUCUGCUUUGGCUGUUGAUGAAGAAUGUAGACACCUUUAAGUCACACCACAGAAAACCUCUCUGGUUCCUUUUAGAGAUGAGGACUUUGAAUUCUCUGCCAGCCAGUUGCUCAAAAAUCUGCUUCUGAGAAGUGAUAUUUAUAGAAGAUUGAGUGAAAUGACACGUUCUCUGUUCAUUUCUCUGGAUUGCCUGCAUUGUUUUUCGGCCACGUCUUCCGGUCAGAGAGAAGUGUGAAUCCAAGUACUUGGCUGUUUUUGUCCCUUUGCAGAAAUCAAUCUCCCUCCCUCCCCCCUCCCUCCCCCAUUUUGUACUAAGUCACUGGCCUUUGAUGGUAAACAGCUGAGUGGCGUAGCGGUGGACGUCUUACUGAGGAGGCUAGCUAGACACCACUCAGAUCAUCUUUGAGACAAUGUGGAGAUGGAGUUCCUCUCAGGUCUCGGGGUCAGGAAACAGUGAUUCAUUGCAACCAAAGUCGCGUUGUGAUUAUGGAUCUUAGCUGCAUGUUUUUCUUCUGCCUUGGUUACUGGGAGGGUUAGUGCCAGGGUUGCACACCAUUGCUACUAACUGUGUUUGAGUGCUUAUCUUAACUCCUGCCUACUAGUGUUUUCUUGCCUAUAUUCCUCUGUAGUCUCAUGGUUUUCAGAUAUUCAUCUGUUUGUAGUGAAUGAAUUUUCUUUAAAAAAAAUUACUGAAAAAGCAGAUAUACAGAGAGAGGGAGAGGGAGAGAAAUCUUCCAUUCACUGGUUCACUCUCCAAUGCACUCAACAGCCAGGGCUGGGCCAGGCUGAAGCCAGGAGCCUCAUCCUGGUCUCUCCAUGGGUGCAGGGGUCCAAGCACUUGGAUCAUCUUCCACUGUUUUCCCAGGUGCCUUAGCAGUGAGCUAGAUUGGAAGUGGAGCAGCUGGAACUCGAAGCAGUGCUCAUAUAGGAUGCCAUUUUCACUGGCAGCGGACCUGUCUGCUACACUACAGUGCUGGCCCCUAAUGAGUGAAUUUUCGGCCGGCACCGCGGCUCACUAGGCUAAUCCUCCGCCUGCAGUGCCGGCACACCAGGUUCUAGUCCUGGUUGGGGCGCCGGAUUCUGUCUCGGUUGCUCCUCUUCCAGGCCAGCUCUCUGCUGUGGCCCGGGAGUGCAGUGGAGGAUGGCCCAAGUGCUUGGGCUCUGCACCCCAUGGGAGACCAGGAGAAGUACCUGGCUCCUGCUUUCGGAUCAGCGCGGUGCGCCAGCUGCAGCGCGCCGGCUGGCUGCGGCCAUUGGAGGGUGAACCAAUGGCAAAGGAAGACCUUUCUCUCUCUCUCUCUCUCUCUCUCUCUCUCUCACUGUCCACUCUGCCUGUCAAAAAAAAAAAAAUGAGUGAAUUUUCAUAAACUGCCACAAAUCAUCUUGCUGUGGUGGAUAUAAGUACACAGAUGGCAUGUAAGGACAUUCAGCUUCCUGACUUGAUGGUUAAAUUGGAAUUCCUCCUAGGAAUAUCAUAGGUACACAUCAUCUGCCUCAACUAUUUUCGUCUUUUCCAUUUUACCUCCUGCUCAUUUUCCAUUAUUUAUCAUGGGUCUAUCACUUGACUAACAUGUUAGUAGAAUUCCAGAAUUAUUGAGUAACAAUUUAUAGAACUAUUUUUCUGAAAGAAAUUUAGUCUCCUUUUGAUUUGGAUUUACAUUUUUUAAAGAUUUACUUGUUUAUUUAUUUGAAAGGCAGGGCAUCAGAGACACAAGGAAGACAGAGAGAGAGAGAGAGAGAGAGAGAAUGAGAUGGAGGAGCUAGAGAGAGAUUCUACAUCUGGUCAAUCACUCCCCAGAUGGCUGCAAUAGCAAGGCCUGGGCCAGGCCAAAGCCAGGAGCCAGAGUUCCAUCCUGUUCUCCCAUGGGAUGGUAGGGGCCCAAAUACUGGGGCUGUUUUCUGCUGCUUUUCCACUGCUUUCCCAUCCACAUUAGCAGGAAGCUGGAUUGGAAGCAGGGAAAGCAGGACUCGAAUCGGCACUCUGUUAUGUAAUCGCAAGCUGCAGCUUAAUUGAUUGCACCGCAAUGCCAGCCCCUCUCUGCUUAGAUUUUUUAGCAAAGGCGUGAUUCUAAUUUUUAUGAGAACCUUCACUUCGCUAAAGAACUCUAACUAAUUUGAAUAUUUUCAUUUGGGGAAGGGAGAAGGGAAACUUGGAGUCUCAAAUGUUUGCCAUUUAUAGAGCUUUUUGAGAAUUUAUCUAGAACGAAGUAAGUUUUUCAGUUUGUUCUCACAGUGGUAGUGAAUUUCCUGUUUAGUGCCUAAAGCACAUCUCCAGUUAGAAGUUCAGCUGGCACUUCAACCAUCUGCAGCUUUACAUAUCAUCCCCUAACCCAGCUCUGCCGAUGUUACCCCACCAUUCCCCCCCACCCUUUCCCAUGUGGUGAUUGGUCCCACUCUGUCGUGGUCGCUCAGUCCAUAUCCAUGCCAGUCAUGUUGGACUCCUGCAGUCAGUCACCCAGUCCUUUGUGUUUUGCUUACUCCCACUUUUGAAGCUGACCACUUUCCAUUCCCACUGCUGCUAUUUCAGGUGCCUUGUGUGCUGCCUUGCCAGAACAAGCAUUAAGAAUUCCUGGUCAAGAAAGUGAAGAAAAGAAUGAAUGGGUGCAGGAUUGGAUUGUCUUAGUUUCAUUGCAUCUCACUGGACUACUGCAAAAUUCCUAUCUUUCUCUCUUCUGGCCCCUUCUAACCCAUGAUCUACAGUGUUCUCAGACUGGUAUUCCUGGAGGCACAUCAGAUCCUGGAACUCCUCUGCUUAGAAUCUUCCAUGGCUCCUUCCAGCUUCCAGGAUUCAUUUAGUGUUAAAGGCCUCGUGCUAACUGAGAAAGUCCUCUACCUCUUAAGCGGCCUUACCUGCCGCUUAAGGUCACUCUACUGACCUUGUCAUCCCAUCAUGUGGCUGCGUACUCUGUCCCCACUCUGAUGCCGUUCGUCGUGCAGGACACCCACCAGGAGCUGGGAGACGGUCAUUGAUGCUGCCAGUGUGACCCAGAGGCCUGUCUCCUUUGUUCUCACAGCCUUUACACAUAGUCUCAUGGCUCUUCUUGUGCACCAUGACUUCCUCAUCCAAAAUUAUAGCCAGAAUCAUCAGUAAUUAUUUAUUGACUGAUGACUGAGUGAAUGAAGAAGAAAUAACCCCAUAAAGCUAUAAUCCAGUCUAACCAUUCAUUCACUUAAUAAUUGUUUAUUGAACACUUACUAUAUGCCAGGUGCUAUUUGAGAGGCUGGAGACACAACAGUGAACACAAUGGUACCUGUCUAGACAUUUAAAAGUAAGCAGGUAGACUUACAAUGCUGGCUGGCACCAAUUGUUUUGAGGAAAAUGAAGAAGGCUAAGUGAAGUCUAAAGCAGAUGGCUGAGCAGUGCAUGUCUAAAGGGGAGAUCUUUGAGCGGAAACCUGAAGGAAGUAAGAGGAGCCAUAUUCUUGAGCUGGUGUUGGGGAGCAGUGGCUCUGAGCAGAGAGAAAACAUUUCUGGGUACCUGUUAGUACCAGACUCUGUUCUGGGGCCCCCGAGGACAGCAAUGGACAAGACCACUAACCAUUAGCAUUGUUGAUUGUUUAGUUGUGCAGUCUGUUCUUUUUCAAAUUAUGUUUCCUAAUUCAAACUCCUCCUUUCGUUUUUAUUUUUUAAGAUUUAUUUUAGUUAUUUGAAAGAGUUACACAGAGAGGUAGAGACAGAGAGAGAGGUCUUCCAUCCAAUGAUUCACCCCCAAGAUGGCUGCACCAGGAGCCAGGAGUUUCUUUAGGGUCUCCCAUGUGGGUGCAGGGGCCCAAGGACUUGGGCCAUCCUUUACUGCUUUCCCAGGCCAUAGCAGAGAGCUGGAUCAGAAGUGGAGCAGCUGGGACUAGAACCAGCGCCCAUAUGGGAUGCCAGCGCUUCAGGCCAGGGCUUUAACCCGCUGCGCCACAGUGCUGGCCCCCCUCCUUUCUUUAAUUGCUUGAUUUUCCGAGACUGGAAAAGCCCAACUUGGGAAAGUACUUUUGUUCUCCCUAAUUGCCUAUCAUUUCCUACUCUUUUCUAUGCAGGAGAACCCAUGGACUCCUAGUAACACAGUAGGUUACUGGUUCAGGGGACUGCUCCCCAUUGGAUCCAUAUUUAAUCAUGGUGCUCAGGGUUGUGUGUGAUGUAGUAGAUGUUUCUGGCUUGGCUUUGACCAGGUGGGGGAUGUAGAUACAGUUCCCUCAGUGUAAUGAUAUAUGGGUACUGGCUGAGCUCCUCUCUCCACUCCCCCAGCCCAGCUGUGGCCCAGAGGAAAUCGUCUUAGCCCAUUUAGCUUUCGUAACACACAAAAAUAUUAACUUUGGAUCCUCUUCCUUGCCCCAUCACCUGCUUUACUGCACUGAAGUCUGCUUCCUGACACAGUUUCCUGCUUGUAAACAGGGCACCUUUCAAAAGUUGCAAAAAAUGGUGUUUAAAAAAGUUCCCCCAGGCUGGCACUUUGGUACUGCAGGUGAAGCCGCCAGCUGUGAUGCCGGCAUCUCACAUGGGCAUUGGUUGGAGUCCUGGCUGCUCCACUUCUGAUCUAACUCCCUGCUAAUGGCCUAGGAAAGCAACCUAAGAUGGUCCAAGUCCCUGAGCCCUUCCUUCCCAUGUGGGAAACCUGGAAGAAGCUCCUACUCCUGGCUAUGGCCUGGCCCAGCCCGGGUCAUUAUGGCCAUUUGGGGAAUGUUCCAGUGGAUGGAAGAUAUCUUUCUCUCUCUCUGUCUAUCUCUACUUCUCUCUCUGUGACUCUGACUUCCAAAUAAAUAAAUAAGUCCUAAAAAAAAAAGUCCCCAAGCCCUCACAGAAUAGGAGGUAGUUACAGAAAAGACAGAGAGACAGAGGGAGGGAGAAAGAAAGGGAGAGAGAGAAAACCAGACACACACACACACAGAACAUUCCUAAGGAAACUGUGUAAAUUUGAAAAUUCGUUGUCCUCUGAUGGCAGCUGACAGGUGGAGUGACAACCCCACUGAAUAACACUGGGGCCAUUGUGAGGGAGGGAACUUAAUAUUGUUAUUGUUCCGCUUAGAUGACAUUUGCGUGAGUCCACGCCAGCUCUUGUAUUUAGAAAACCCAAUCGAGCAGAAGAGUUUUUGGUUUCUGCAUUCAGAGCUGCCAAACAAGUGAGGAAAACCGAUUAAAUCUGGAAGGUGGCAGCUCACUCGGCAGACUUCUCCAGGCACCUUUGAGGAGAAGCAAAGAUAAAUAAAUACUACAUGUUGUGAGAGGAGUGUGGAGUGAGAGGGAGUGCCUGGACAGCAGUUAGAAUUUCAAAGGUGAGGGACGUUCUCUUUGACUCUUCCUGAUCAGCCUCUUGUCCCAUGACUUGGUUCAUGCCCGGAUUAGAGUCUGCCCGUGUAAACACGUGGGAGUCUGAUGGGAAAGGAAGAAGAUAGAAGUGCAUUUGCAAAGCCCUUGAUUGUAGAGGGAAAUAUGAGCCAAUGCAAAUUUCUGUAUUAAGAAAGAAAGUGGCUUAAAAACUAUUUUAUAAAUCAUAUCGGAUGCUCCUUUGCCUGCUGAGCCUGGAAAAACUCUGGCCUGUCGCACAGAGGUCUAAUUUGGGAAGUCUGUAAUUUGUUUCCGGACGCUUUAAGGCCUUUUUGUGUGGCCCCUGCCUGUGGCUCCCUGGUGGUCCUGUGGGUCUUGGCUCCUCUUGUUCACUAGGUUUGGAUUCUGGUCUCUCCUCCUUCCAUUGUGCCUUGUUUUUGUUGUUGUUGUUAACUUUUAUGGAAGUUAUUUACUUGAGCUUGACAUACCUCAAUGCAGCUAUGGCCAUUUAAUUGACUAAAAACCAACUCAUCAUGUUUGUUAAUUUAUAGAGCCUUAGAGAUCAAGUAAGCUUCACUCCCCUCGCUGCCAUUUUGCAGAGUAGACUACAGGCCAGGGAGGUUCAGCUGCUUCCUUGGGGCCUUCAGCCAGAAAUAGGUACUUUGUCCUCCUAUUCCAAUGAAUGGUUUUUUGAGCUGCUUAGGGCCCAGUGUUUACAUAUAGGAAAGAAAACUAUAGCGGUUUACUUUGUUGCCUUAUAAACAAUGAUUAAUAAAAUUAUUACAUGAUUUUCCUGUAUAAUACAGAACUUCCUGAGUCACCUUAAUAGUUCUAGUCUCUUUUUCUAUCAACUUUUAAAUAACAAACUAGGACAUGAAUCAUCACACUGAGUUUGAUUUAUUGUUUUUCUUCCUGUCAUGGUGAAUAUGGUGAUAACAAAAUAAAGACUAAAACCAGCAUCAAAGUACCAUGGAUUAAGUUGCUGGCAUCCCAUACAGGCUUCAGUUAGAGUCCCAGCUGCUCUGCUUCUGAUCCAGCUCCCUGCUAAUGCACCUGAGAAAGCCGCGGAGGACAGCCUGAGUGCCUGGGCCCCUGCCACCCAUAUGGAAACCUGAUGGAGUUCCUGGAUCCUGGCUUUAGUCCGCUCCACACCUAGCCAUUGUAACUAUUUGGAGAGUGAGCCAGUGAAUAGAGAAUUUCUCUCUCUCUCUCUUUCACUCUACCUUUCAAACAUAUAAACAAAUAGUUUUAAGAAUUAAUGCAACCAAGUGGCUCAAAGGUAAACAACCAGAAGGUAAAAAAACAAACCAAAGGUAUUAGAUUAUCAGGUGCCAAUAACUGAGUUUCUAAACUAUUACUCCUACAAAUACAGUGCGGAUCGUUGUGAUUAAUGUAGUAUUUUAUGCCUGUCCCUACAAGCUGCAGUUACUUCUCAUUGCCUCUUUCCUGGUGUGAAAACCAACUUACAAUGUUAACACAGGCUGAGUAGGAGAAGCUUCUCUAGAUUUGGGUAGAGGAAAGUUGAAUAAGGAGAGGAAAAUAUAUUAUUAUUUUUAUUAAAGAUUAUUUGAAAGGCAGAGUUACAGAGAGGCAGUGACAGAGAGAGAGAGAGAGAGAGAGAGAGAGAGAUCUUCCAUCUGCUGGUUCACUCCUCAGAUGGCCACAAUGACUAGAGCUGUGCUGAUCUGAAGCCAGGAGCCUGGAGCUUCUUCCAGGUCUCUCAUGUGGGUGCAGGGGCCCAAGGACUUGGGCCAUCUUCUACUGCUUUCCCAGGACACAGCAGAGAGCUGGAUCAGAAGUGCAGGAGCCAGGACUUGAACCGGUGCCCAUGUGAAAUGCCGGCACUGCAGGCAGCAGCUUCAUCCACUACCCCACAGUGCUGGCCCUGCAAAUAUUUUACUGACUGCCUCUGACAAGGAGCAAACACUUUUGAAAAAGGUAAUUAGGAUCAGGCAUAGUGGCACAGAGGGGUGGGCUGCCACUUGGGAUGUCUUCAUCCAGUGUUGGAAUGCCUAGUUCAAGUUCCAGCACCUCUGUUUCCUCUCCAGCUUCCUGCUAAUGUGCCUACCAAGAGCAGAUGAUGCCUUAAGUAGCUGGGCCUGACAGCACGUGGGACUCCAGGUUGCAGUUCCUGGAUCUUGGUUUCAGCCUGGCUCAGCCUUAGCUAUUGUGGGUAUUUGGGGAAUGAAUUGGUAGAAGGAAGAUAUUUUCUCUGUCUCUCUCUCUCUCCCUCUCCCUCUCUCCUUCUCUCCUUCUCUCCUUCUCUCCCUCUCUCCCUCUCUCCCUCCCUCUCUCUCCUUGCUGUCAUUCUCACUUUUGCUCUCUGUUGCUCUGCCUUUCAAGUUAAUGAAAGAUAAGUAAACAUUUAAAACAUUAAUUACAAAAGAGUCAUUGGGAUCAAAUAACUUCCCCAAAGAAAGGUGCUUUAAGGGUAAAAAAAAAAAACAAUUAAUGGCUUUUAUAAAAAUGUAAGGAAUUUUGCAGGUUUGAUCUGCUUUGAUUCCUGUUGGGAGAGCAUUUGUCAGUCUUUGGGUUGCUGGGCCUACCUUCCUGCUGUGUUUGUUUUCCGGACUAGAACUCACCCAGUCCCCAUUUCAGAAAGGCUGAGGUAACCUCCAUCAAUGUGACACUGGCACUGUUUAUGUUGGAGACGAAUCCCAGAAACUCAAGGUAACCGCAUACACAGAGUGGAAGAGUAUAUCCGGGCAGUUUUUAUUUGGCAUUUUUACUGCUAACAAUCUACAGAAGUUUUAGUAUUUAGUGCCGGGUCAAGCAUAAGGGGCAGCUUCUAUUUUUGGAUGAUUUCAAAAGCUUUAAAGAAUCAGCAAAUGAAUUCUGUAGUAGAGAAUACGGAUGAAGAUUCUGGCUUCUGUAGGACCUCGCCAGCGUGUGCGGGAAGGCAGACAGCUGCUUCUGAGUGCAUUGAUGUUUUGUUUUUAAAGAACUCAAGAAAAAGAAAAACCUAGAGGAUUCUUUGCACAGUCCCUUUCAUUGUCAAAAGCUUCUGAACUCCCCAGACCCUUUAAUACAGCGGGAGAAGAGCGCUGAGAAGGGAGGCCCACGGUGUCGUGGUGUGACCGAAUCAGAAGUCUGUGUCUUGACGCUCAGUGUCUCAUCUGCCCACUGCGUGACUCAGUCAGCCAGGAGAGCACUUUCCAGCGCUGCGAGUCCCAGCAAGCACAGUGGCCCUGGAACGGGGCUAUCUCUAGACCUGCUGACGUCAUGUCUCUGCUCACAUACCAGCUGGGCGAAUGCUGGCCCACACGAUUCUUCUAAGUGCCUUGCAAGAAAUCCACGAUAGAUUUCAUUCACUUCCGAUGAACAGGGACUUUCCCUCUUGAGCUUCUUAAUGAGAUAUUGUUUUCUGUUUAUUAUGCAGGGUACAGGUUGGGGCUUGUUAGCACUCUGAAUUCCUACACAUUCAGCCAAGAAAAUCAAAGCCAUGAGUUUACCGUGCUUGCACAGGAAUUAGCUAAAUUCAUAAGGGUCACACUUUAUGUGUCCUUGUGUUUUAAGAAUACAGACGUGGAUAGGACUGUCCAGAUCGGAAUAGUCUGCCCAGAAGGCCCUAUUGUUGUAGGCAAACCCCACUGACCUCAUAGAGGGACAGAAACUUUUAAUAGUUUGUAACUUAUUUAAACUUCAGGAUUCUUUUUUUUUUUUUUUUUUUCGAGAAAAGUGUUCUGAGGCCUAUGAGAAGACAGUGAUAUCUUUAAAAUCAUGCAAAGAACAAAAUACCAGAACUUCCAAGCGCUAAGAGUUAGGAAUGGCUGUGGUGGUAACUAACUUUGGACAAUUUGCCUGAUUAACUUAGCAUCAUAUUCCUGAAAUAUACAAGAAGGGGAUCAGUAAAUACUCUCCAACUUUACUAUGUUCUCUUACUACUCCGCUAUAAUCCUAUGCUGACAGCAACAACUUUAGAUAUGUGCAUAAUUUUAUUUUAUAUUAAAGAGAUUGUUUUCAUUUGUCAACAGUAGAAUCUGAGUUUCUUUCGUGUAUGUAUGAUUGAUUGGUGCUCCUUGCUUAUGCAUGGAAAAUUUCAGGUUGUUAAUAAGAAACAGUGGUUUCUUUUGGAGAAGAGAAUUGUAGAUCUUUUGGUCAGGAAGGGAGAAUUUUAUAUUCAUUUUAUACUUUUGCUUGAUUAUUAAGUCCAUGCAUUGUUUAAAUUUUUUAAAAAUGGGCUGAUUUUAUUGUUUUUAAAGAUAAAAAGAAGACUUUCAAAUCAUUACAGAAUGCAUACCAGGCUAACAGUAUUUGGAGUUUUAUUUCAGACUCCACAUAUUACAUUUAACCCUAAAGAAUUGUUUGCAAUCAUAAAUAGACUUUUGCUUUUAUUCUAGUAAGAAAGGUUUUUUAAACCCUGUCAGUUGAUGGGAACAACCACUUUUGUUUGAUGAAACAAGCAGCCUUUAAAGUGUGGAAGCCAGGUUUAGCAAUGUUAGUGGUAGGAUGAAGUAGUUUCUAUUUAUUGGAUCCUCCAAAAGAUCUUACCAUUUCUUUAUCCUAUAUGUGAGAGUUUUUUAGAAUCAUCUUUCUUUGGUUUGUAACUAUGGGAAUGAAAUAGAAGUGAAAAAAAUUGGUUUUCAAGCCAAUUAGUAAUGACCAGUGCCAAGUUUGGAGUGUUUCAGAGUCUUAUUGCCGUGUCUUAAAUGCAAAACAGUAGCUCCCUCUUAAUCUUUUUAGAAGAUAAAACUACAGGAAAUGAAAAAGCAGUCAGCUAGCCGGCAC